GGUGAGUUGUUUUAAAAGGAAAACCGCCACCAACCCACCCGAAAUUUUCUUUCUUCCCCUUCGCUCUCCUGCGACGGCCACACCAACCUUACGUUUUUCCGCACACUGUCACCAACCUCACCGCCACGCCUAUAUUUGAUUUCCAAGUGUUAGUGAGCUCGUUCUUUUGCUCAUGGCGUCCAAACUUUUGAUUCGGACGGGAAAUUCUUUGAUGAAUCGAUUGCGAUUAAGUUCGACGCAUCAGAAUAACUGGAUUUGGAGUAGCCAAUCUCUGUCCCAGGGGCAUGGUGUUGAUGUCACUCCGAUGCUAUUUCCUUCGGUCUCUAAGCAUCAGCCUGCUCACCAUUUGCAGCAGAAUGAUACCGAAUCAUUGAGAAAGCUCGAAUCAGAAGGCAUUUUCUUCCCUUUCGGUCUUCCGUCGCUCCGGUUCUUCUUGCCCGACGGAGAUACUUCUUCGACUCAAGAACCAAUGCUCUUAUUUCCUAAAAGGACUUUUCAGCCUAGCACCAUCAGGCGAAAAAGGAACCAUGGAUUCUUUGCCCGCAAAGCAACCAAGGGUGGGCGGAAAGUUAUUGCUCGAAGGAUUGCAAAGGGCCGAUCAAGAAUAACUGCAUAAUGUUCAUCUCAAGUCAGCUGUCCAAGCUAUUUGAGAUGGUUGCAUUUUCAAAAGUGUCAAAGAUUUAUGAGAAGGCAAAGAGGAGUUGACAGGGAAUUUGUACAUUCUCGAAGACUAGACAUUAAAACUUGAAACCAUUGGUAUACAAAGCUAUACGUAGUUCAGUGCCUAUCUUUGGACA